GAUGACCAACACGAACGAGAAAGAUAUCGGGCCAGAGUUUGUUAACGAUGUCGAGUCCGACAGCUCACGGCAGGCCUAUACUGGAGGAGGCACUAACGAGGACAAGAGACUUGUCCGGAAGCAAGACUUGAGGAUCCUACCAAUCUCGUGCGGCAUAUACCUCUUGUGCUAUCUCGACCGCUCCAACAUUGGCAAUGCCAAGGUCUUGAAUGCUGCUACUCACAACGACUUGCUAUCAGAGACUCAUAUGACGGCCUACCAAUACACGAUUGCUUUGAUGGUAUUCCUCAUCGCGUAUAUGGUCUUUGAAGUACCGUCAAACUAUUUCCUCAAACGUCUCAGUCCAAGCAAAUGGAUUGCGUUCCUGAUGCUCUGCUGGUCCGUCAUGACCAUGGGUCUAGGCGGAGUCCACAACUUUGCAGGAGUGACGGCGUUGAGAUUCCUACUAGGAGUCUUCGAGGCUGGUCUUUUCCCUGGACUCCCUNUCUGGUAUCGCACCGACGAACGUAGUAUCCGUGUCGCCUUCAUUCUGGCAUCAGCAACUUUAGCAGGAGCCUUCGGAGGAGCCAUUGCAUAUGGUGUAGGACACAUGAAUGGCACCGGUGGCCUUUCAGCAUUCCGUUGGUUGUUCAUCCUUGAAGGACUACCGUCUCUAUUGUCUGCACCCCUGGUGUAUUUCUUCUUGCCCGAUUAUCCCGAGACUGUCAAAUGGCUCUCCCCCGAGGAGAAAGCUCUUGCAGCAGAAAGGCUCAGAUUCGAAGGCUCACAUGGCAACAGCAAGAGUAUGACCUGGGAAGACGCUAAGGUCACUCUUACUGACUGGAGACUUUACGCCCACUAUGCCAUCUACUUUGGUAUCUCGACACCCUUCUCGAGUUUAUCUCUUUUCACACCUACCAUCACUGCCGGAUUGGGCUUCAAGGAUCUUACUGCACAGCUCAUGACCGUACCACCUUAUGCGGUUGCAUAUGUUGUAACACUCCUGGUAUCGUGGUCUGCUGAUCAUUUCGACGCUCCGAAGACCAGUUACNGCGCCUUACAUUCCGCCAUCUUUGCAACUGUCGGAGCAAUUGGAUUCCUAGCCUCGGCUGUACUGCCCCCUGACGCAUACAACGCUCGUUAUGGCUGUUUGAUUGUUGCUGCGGCAGGAUCCUUCUCCUGCAUUCCGCCUCUCUUGGGUUGGCUGUCAUCCAAUCUGCACAGCACGGCAGCCGCUGGAUUGGCUAUCGCCUUGAACAUCUCGUUCGGUGCGCCAGGACAGAUCACCGGAGUGUGGAUCUACAAGGCUGAAGAGAAGAAGAAGGGAUACCCUACAGGUCAUUGGGUCAAUGCCGGACUGUUGUUCUUUGUGGCUGUUGGUUGCAUCUCUCUGCUGUUCUUCUACAAGUUCAAGAACAGAAAGUUGAGAAGAGAAGGAGCAGAGAGGUUGUUCAGAUAC